AUGUCUUCUCCAGGCAUGAGUACCCCCAGUGACCCUUUGUUGGCUAGUCCGGGAGGGAGGUCAGCUGCAGCUCAGGAAGUUGUCUGGAGGACUUCGCUCCCAAAAACGGCGAGCUUCCCAACGUCCACCACCCGGCAUCUCAGUCACCGCGCCAAUAACUUCCAAAGACACCCAAAGCGUCGGAAGCUCAUUAGGCCUUCACCACCUCCGCCGCCGAAUACACCCUGUCCCCUGGACCAGCUCGACCUAAGUGAGCUUCCGCCGCGACGCACUUUCCCCGAGCUGCUCUUUAAUGGUUGCAUCCUGUUUGGUAUUGAAUUCAGCUACGCAAUGGAAACAGCCUAUGUGACCCCUGUGCUUCUACAGAUGGGUCUGCCAGACCAAUUCUAUAGUCUGGUGUGGUUUAUUAGUCCUAUACUGGGAUUCCUCGUUCAGCCACUCCUGGGAGCCUGGAGUGACCGUUGCACGUCUCGGUUUGGACGAAGGAGACCAUUCAUCUUUGCCCUGGCCAUAGGAGCGCUGCUUGGUCUAACUCUGGUGCUGAAUGGACGGGACAUUGGUGGUGCUGUGGCAGACACAGCACUGAAUCACAAGUGGGGUAUUAUCCUGACAGUGUGUGGAGUGGUCCUGAUGGACUUCAGUGCUGACUCGGCAGACAACCCCAGCCAUGCCUACAUGAUGGACGUGUGCAGCCCAGAAGACCAGGACCGGGGGUUGAACAUCCAUGCGCUGUUGGCAGGACUCGGGGGCGGAUUUGGUUACAUUGUCGGAGGAAUCAACUGGGACCACACUGAGUUUGGAAGGUUGAUGGGAGGACAGCUACGGGUCAUAUACCUUUUCACAAGUGUCACUCUGGUGGUUACCAUGCUGAUGACUCUUACCAGUAUCCCUGAGCGUCCCCUUCCGAAGACCCAGCCUCCGAAAGACUCCAGCAAAGGUCAUCUUAAAAGCCCCAGCCUCCCUCUUCCUCCGUCCCCCCCGGUACCCCCGGGAGCAACGUUAGGACUGGAGGAAGAAGAGGAAGGUUUUUACAACUACCAAUUUUCAGAGUCCAACUCACGCCAUCCUGACCCGCUGGGCCACUCUUGCAGUGCCAAUGCGCGUCUCUGUGCUGGCCUCACCAGCCCCAUAUCGCCCCUCAGCCCCCUCACUCCUAAAUAUGGUAGCUUUAUAAGUAGGGACAACUCUCUUACUGGCAUAAAUGAGUUUGCCUCCUCCUUGGGAACCUCCUACAUAGACAGCGUGCUCAUAGACUGUUACACAGGUCAGCAGACGCCACUGCCACUGGACUUGGACUGCAAAGCCAGGCCCCUGCCUCCAGGCGACACACCUCAGGAGUCUACGCAAGGGCCAGAGUCUAACCUGGAUGGUGGGUCCCAGCUUGUAGAGGGGUCUCAACCCAAUUUUGGGCCUCAGCCUGCAGAGGAGCCUCAGCCUGGAGGAGAAUCCCAGUCUCAUGGAGCAUCUGAGACCGGAGCUGGAGCUCACCCUGGUGCUGGUGGCCAUCGAGGCUCAUCUGCUGGUAUCCUGAAACGCCCGCAAAGUCUUGCACUGCUGGAGGACCCAGUUGCAACCCAGACUAUCGGGAUGGAGAAUGGACGCAGGAGAACUGUGACCUUCAGCCAACAGGUUGCCAACAUUUUGCUGAAUGGCGUGCGCUAUGAAAGUGAUCUGAGUGAGAAUGUGGAAACAGCAGACUCCCAGAUGUCAAUGAAGCUGCUGUGUGUGGCCAUCUAUAAGAUGCCUCCCUCCCUGCGGAGCUUAUGCACUAACCAUUUUUUGGGCUGGCUGUCCUUUGAGGGCAUGCUGCUGUUCUACACCGACUUCAUGGGAGAAGUCGUGUUUGAGGGAGACCCCAAAGCCCCCCAUGACUCAGAGGCCUACCAACGCUACAACGCUGGGGUCAGCAUGGGCUGCUGGGGCAUGUGCAUCUAUGCAUUCAGUGCUGCUUUUUAUUCAGCCAUACUGGAGAAACUGGAGGAGCGUUUCUCCCUCCGUUCUCUCUAUUUCUUCGCCUACCUUGCAUUUGGUUUGGGCACGGGCCUGGCCACGCUCUCCACCAACCUCUAUGUGGUACUUUCUCUCUGUGUCACCUAUGGGGUGCUCUUCUCCUCUUUAUGCACGCUGCCUUACUCUCUGCUGUGUGAAUACUACCAGAGCCCUCAGUUUUGCGGCUCAUCCGAGGAGGGGACCAGGCGAGGGAUGGGGGUGGACAUCUCUCUGCUCAGCUGCCAGUAUUUCCUGGCCCAGAUCCUCGUCUCUGUGGCAAUGGGACCUCUAACCUCGCUGGUGGGUGGGGCCCAGGGAGUGAUGUAUUUUGCGAGCCUGAUGUCAUUCGUGGGCUGUCUGUACUCGUCCCUCUGCGUGGUGUACCAGCUGCCCCCCCAUGAGGGUGAGCCCCCUGAAAGCGAGACCCAGCCACUAUUGGUGCACAUUUAG